ACGGGAAGCAGAGGAAGAUGUUAAAAUUAACUAAAACCACCACUUUUCAUCUUCAAGCCACAUCUACCAACUAUCUACGUUAUAAAUCUUGGUUCGCAGAUGUUAAAAUGGCACCACCAGAUGCUAUACUCGGUCUCACUGAGGCCUAUCUUAAAGACAAAAACCCCAAAAAGGUUAAUUUAGGCGUUGGCGCCUAUCGCGAUGGCAAUGCACAGCAUUGGGUGUUGCCUAGUGUAGAAGAGGCUGAAAAACGCAUAUUUUCCAAAAAAAUGAAUAAGGAGUAUGCGCCUAUCCUUGGAUUGGCCGAAUUCUAUAAUAGGUCAAUUGAGUUGGCUCUUGGCAAGGAUUCGGAAAUAUUACAAGACAAACGCAAUUCAACUGCGCAGUGCCUCAGUGGCACAGGUUCGUUGCGUAUAGGUGCCGCAUUUUUGGGUAUCUUCUGGAAGGGCGAACGCUUAGUGCAUUUGCCUACGCCCACAUGGCCUAAUCAUAGACCACUUUUUAUGCACUCUGGCCUCAAGGUAGCUUCAUAUAGUUACUAUAGCAAUGAAACUUUUGCAUUGAAUGCGCAAGGCCUUUUUGAUUCUUUGCGUAAAAUGCCCGAAAAUUCAAUCGUACUGUUGCAAGCUUGCGCCCACAACCCAACUGGCGUGGAUCCGAACAGAGAGCAAUGGUGUGAAAUAUCACAAAUAAUGAAGACUCGCAAUCUAUAUCCCUUCUUUGAUUUGGCAUAUCUCGGCUUCGCUAGCGGUGAUAUCGAUAAAGAUGCAGAAGCUAUACGCAUUUUUGCCUCCGAUGGACAUCAAUUUUGUUUGGCACAAAGUUUUGCCAAAAACAUGGGCCUCUAUGGAGAACGUGUAGGCGCGUUAACUAUAGUUUGCUCUACAAAGGAAGAGGCAGAGCGUGUAACAUCCAAUGUGAAAACCAUUAUACGGCCCAUGUACUCUAGUCCACCAAUACAUGGCGCGCGUAUAGCGAAGGAGAUUUUAAAUGAUAACGAGCUUUAUUGCAUGUGGUUGGAAGAUUUGAAAACCAUGGCUAAUCGUACAAUGAAUAUGCGCAAACAAUUAACGGAUACAUUAAUUGCGCUCGGUUCCAAACGCUCUUGGGAGCAUAUUACCAAACAGAUUGGCAUGUUUUGCUUUACGGGAUUGAAGCCAGAGCAAGUGGCGCGUUUAACUAAGGAAUUUAGUAUUUAUAUGAUGAAGGAUGGACGCAUUGCAGUAGUGGCAUUGUCUACAAAGAAUAUUGCAUAUGUGGCAGAGGCUAUACACGCUGUGACGAAAGAGUAAUUUCAACGUACAAGUAUUUACAGAAAGUUGAAGAAAAUAAAUGAAGCUAAAUGGGUUUGAUAGAGUUAUUAAUUUUAAUGAAUUACAAGAUGUAUUAUUAAUUUUCUUAUAGUACAUAUUUUA